AUGCGAAGCAGAAAGGUUUUGGCGGUCAGACGAAGCCGAUCUUUCGAAAAAAAGCAAAAACAACGAAAAAAAUUGUGCUUCGAAUGGAGUGCACUGAGUGUAAGCAUCGUAAGCAGCUCCCGAUCAAACGAUGCAAGCAUUUCGAGCUGGGUGGACAGAAGAAAACCCGCGGACAGGUCGGUUCCACAUCUUUUCAUUGGCCUUUUCUCUUGUCUCCCUCCUCUUCACCACGGUGGGCCAACAGCGCCAAACAAAUGGCAUAUUUUCACACAUAUUUGA